UUUAUUGAGUUCCUGUGUCUCAGUGUUCCCAUUCAUCCUUGGGAAUAAAUGACGGUACCAUGUUGGUGAAGGUUAACCUCCGAAUGCCGCUGUCCUUUUACAAAUACUGCAGGGUUCUGUCAUUUCAGAACUUCGUUAUACACUAGGCUUCCGCUAUCUCUCCCCCACCCCCCCCUCCAAAUUUCAAAUUUGCAAAUUUCAGACGAGCAUUUUACUUGUGCUUCCCCCAUAACCAAUAAUGCAGAUGUUUGUUUAAUUUAGGCUACAUCAUUCGUCCAUAUAGUUCUUCACAACAGUCAAUAAGUGAUCUGUUCUGUUAAAAUUACAGUUUCUCUGUUGCUUCUAGUAUAAGGAUAAAGAUGGAUGGAUAUUAAAUAUUUUUGCUCAGGGCUUUGUUUGUUUUUUAGCUCAGUACUGAAUGACUGCAGGGGGGCAGGGUGUGGCAGAUUAAUCUUUUUGUGAAUCAGAUUUCGUUGACGUGUAGUUGCCAUAGUUCGAUACAUUCUUGGAUUACAGAACUUUCUGGAGCCAAAGUGUAUGAAGGCCUGAGGAGCUACAAUACCAUGUGACCGGGUCUGCGAAUGGGGAACAUCAAGAAGUUGGGUUGGUAGUGCUACUGCGGCUAUUGCAGUGGGUCAGAGUGCAUCCCUGAUGAAAACUGGACUGUACACCAAAGUUGUAAGCCUGAAAUUUGACCUGGGGAAUUAGUUUUCCCUUAUAUGAGAGGUAUCACCAUUUUGGAAGAAAGGGAAACGCGUCUCUCCCUUUGUCCGGCGAGGUAACAGAGUGGGCCUGCGAGUCACAGACGAUUGCAUUAAUAGGCCUAAAUGUCACAUUCCGCUUGUGACUGGAGAGCCCUUGGCUCUAAGUAACAGGUCACAUUUGUGGUGUUUUCCCUUGGAAAUGCGUCUUGGAAUCAUUGUGCUGCAGCUGUUCAGUCUGCUCUGGUUGCUUCGGUCGGUUUUCUGUUGCUCUUGUAUUAUAUUUAGAAUAUUUAUGUGUUAGCCUUGUAAAAUGCUUUACGUGCAACCUUUUCAAUGGAGUAUUCUGGGAUAAAAAGGAUCGUUACCAAGUAUUUGGUUUUAGCAUAUUUUAAGUACUACAGUGAAUCAGGACUAAACUGCCGACAUUAUUACUGUCUAGUCUUUCACAUCCCUUAUCCCAAAGGUCAACCACAAAUCAUUAACAUGAUGCAUGCUUACAGAAGCCUGGUGUUUGGUGGUACUUACACAACAACUGUGCAACCCGAUGCUUAUGACAGUCUGAAUUCUCCCAGAUUAUUAAGAUAUGCAAUAUGUUUUAGUCGUCAGUUACUGUUUUGUAUAUUAUGUAAAUGCUGCAGAACUUAUACUAGUUUGAUCAAUGGGACACAAAUGUGGUGGUUUCCUUAUGUUAAACCCAUGGGCGACGUUGGGUCCGAUCACUCGGGGCUAAUUUAAGCCCUGAUGCCAAUCUUCCUUCAAAAAAAUAAAAGUGAGGUGUCAUGUUUUGUCGUGACAAAAAGCGUGUUUUGUAGUUGGCCCAAGUCAUAAUAUUAGACUAGACUUAAUUACAAAAAUGUGUUUUGUACAACCUUGAUCACACUGAGUGACCACAAAGGUGGUAUUUGUGGAGAAUGAUGCAACAUAUUUCCUUUUUUAAAAGAAUUAAUUUAUCAUAAUCACUCUGGAUGCUCUGAAACAUGAGAACAUCAUACUGAUGACAGAGUUUACUGAAAUAAAAGCCCACUGACAUUCUCCACCUGAACAGACUCCCAAAUGUUAGGCCACCCAAGGAGACAGCACCUGUAGGAGAGGCACACGUGGGUCAGUAUUAGCCCAGAGGAAGUGAAACGUGUGAGGGUACCUCUGCCAUUUUACUGCGAGCUGUGCCAGGGAUGGGCCCGCAUGGGGAGGCUGACACUGUCACAUUUCUGGGACAAACCGUGAAACUCUAAAGGCAGACGAUCGAUCACCACUGGCGAGAAAAGGCACAACAAAAUAGUGAAACCAAGGAAGAUGUGGGCUAAAAUGUCUGGUGAGGUUUUGGUUUUGUGGUUGGAUGCCCACUGCAUAGUGCACCAGGGUAAAUGUGCUCAUUCCCACCAGAGGACCUAAUCCUGAUGUAUCAUCCCUGCUGCUGACUGUGAGGGUGACCCUUCAUACUCUGCCGGACUCACAAAGGCUCUUUAUGGAUUGAAUUCUAGGAAAGAAAGGCCUUUAGUUUUACCAGUGAACACUACUGUGAAUGGUAUUUGUGAGAACUGCUGAGUUACCCCCCAGUGCUGAUAUAAAGGUAACAGGGCUGCACCUUCUGACGGAAACCACCGUCCCUUCAGUCAAAGACGUUCCGUUCCGUUCUGUUCCGUUCCGUUCCAUUCUGUUCCGUUCCGUUCCCCUUCCCUCCGAAACUAUGACUUUGAAAGUCGACGCGCGCCCAGUCGUCUUCUUCCCCCUCUACCUGCUGAUGUGGAUAUACACGAUCGUCACCUUCGUGCCAUGGUACCUGCUCACGGGAGCCCGGGCUAAGAAAGCGGCGGCGAAGCGGGUAAAGGCCAGGCGCACCUCGCGCGCGGCAGAGGGUCCGUAUCGCUCCGUAGACCAGUUUGACUCGCUGGCCACUAUGGACUUCGCCGGCAUGGACACCCUGGACAAGCUGUUCGUACACGCCAAGCAGCGAUUUGCUGACGGGGACUGCCUGGGCACCCGCGAGGUACUCAGCGAGGAGAACGAGAUGCAGCCAAAUGGAAAGAUCUUCAAGAAGCUGAUUUUGGGCGAGUACCGCUGGAUGAGCUACAAGGACAUGGAGGUGGCUAUCAGCCAUCUUGGCAGUGGGCUGGCUGCACUGGGCCAACAACCCAAGAGCACCAUCGCUAUCUUCUGUGAGACGCGGGCUGAGUGGAUGAUCAGCGCGCAGGCCUGCUUCCGCCGCAACUUCCCCCUGGUGACCUUAUACGCAACUUUGGGAGAAGAAGCUGUGGCAUACGGGCUAAACGAAUCCGGGGUCACCCACCUCAUCACCAGCGUGGAAUUACUGGAGACCAAGCUGAAGAAUGUGCUGCCUGAAAUUCGGAAGCUGAAGCACAUCAUUUAUGUGGACAAGAAGGCGAGUUUGUCGGGCUACUCAGAAAGGCUGCAGAUCCACAGCAUGCAGGAUGUGCAGAAGCUGGGAGCCAGGCCUGAGAACUUGAACAGGGAGUUUCAGAGACCCACACCCUCCGACCUGGCUGUGGUCAUGUACACCAGUGGCUCCACCGGCCAGCCCAAGGGCGUCAUGAUCAUCCACAGCAACCUCAUCGCGGGCAUGACGGGACAAUGCGAGAGGAUUCCGGGCCUGGGACCAAAGGACACGUACAUUGGCUACCUCCCACUGGCCCACGUCCUGGAGAUGACUGCUGAGAUCUCAUGCGUGACAUACGGCUGCCGGAUUGGCUACUCCUCCCCUCAGACGCUGUCUGAUCAGUCAACAAAGAUCAAGAAAGGCAGUAAGGGAGACUGUGCUGUGCUGAAACCCACUCUGAUGGCAGCUGUGCCGGAGAUCAUGGACCGCAUCUAUAAGAACGUGAUGAGCAAGGUGCAGGAGAUGGGCUACAUGCAGAGGACUCUCUUUCAGCUGGGAUACGACUAUAAGCUAAAGCAGGUCAAAAUGGGCUAUGACGCACCACUUUGCAAUAAGCUGCUGUUUAAGAAGGUGAGGGCCCUUUUGGGGGGGAACGUGCGUAUGAUGCUUUCGGGAGGGGCACCCCUGUCCUCUGCCACACAGCGCUUCAUGAACGUCUGCUUCUGCUGCCCGGUGGGCCAGGGUUAUGGGCUGACGGAGACCUGUGGCGCAGGAACCAUCACGGAGGUGGCAGACUACAGCACUGGCAGAGUCGGAGCUCCACUCAUCUGCUGCGAGAUCAAACUGAGGGACUGGGUCGAGGGUGGCUACACAACACGGGACCGCCCCCACCCGCGUGGGGAGAUCCUGAUUGGGGGUCCCAACGUCACCAUGGGCUACUACAGGAGCGACUGCGACAGCGGUGACUUCUUUGUGGACGAACAGGGCCAGCGCUGGUUCUGCACAGGCGAUGUGGGUGAGAUGCACCCUGACGGCUGUCUGCAGAUUGUGGAUCGAAAGAAGGACCUGGUGAAGCUGCAAGCUGGAGAAUACGUCUCUCUGGGGAAGGUGGAGUCUGCGCUGAAGAGCUGCCCCCUCAUCGACAACAUAUGCGCCUAUGCCAACAGUGACCAGAACUAUGUCAUCAGUUUCAUUGUGCCCAACAAGAAAAAGCUGACGGAUCUUGCAAAUAGGAAAGGAAUCCAAGGGAGCUGGGAGGAGAUCUGCAACCACCCUGCCAUGGAGGCCGAGGUCCUGAAGGAGAUCAAAACGGUUGCUAAAUCAAACAAACUACAGCGGUUUGAAAUCCCAGUCAAGGUCCGUUUGAGCCCAGAACCCUGGACCCCGGAGACAGGCCUUGUGACUGAUGCCUUUAAACUCAAGAGGAAGGAACUGAAAGAUCACUAUCUCCAUGACAUUGAAAGGAUGUAUGGGGGAAAGUAGGGCCAUGGCCAGGCCUAAGAACAUCUGUAAUGAUCAUUGAAGCCUGCAGGGUCACUCCUUUUCAUUAGAUCGCUUUUAGUGGUGAUAUGUCAGUCCCUGACGUUGGGACAGUUGUCAAAUAAUAGUUUUAGAUCACAGUGCAGAGCUUAAAGUAUUGUGUGUAGGGACUGAAACAGUACCAGCUUCACAGAAACACCCAAAAGGUGGCAUGUCAAGUAUGAGAAGCAUUUUUUCAAGGGAAGUAAAACUGCCAUUUAAACUGCCUAACAGUCAGAGGUGGAAAGUUGUUUCAACUAACCAGUUGAGUACAAACAAAUAGUCACAGUGACUCAACUGGUUGGUUGAAACAAAACCUUGGACUGAAUUUAUACUUCUUGGACCUGAACUUUCCACCUCUGCUAACAAUCUUUUGUAACUUAAUCUGUGAAGUAUACUGUAUGUAUAUCAGCUUUCUUAAUAAGACAAAAGGGAGUAAGAUGUACCGAAUGUUGGGCAUCUCAGAAUCUCUGACCACUGUCUUCUGGUGAACCCAGGUAACCAGCCAUCCAUAAGUGUAAGUUACUGCUGAUUUAUAUGAGUUUUUCCCUUCCAACUUUGUCCCUAAACAUUGGCUCAAGCUUUUGACUUUUUUGCUGCAGCAAUUUCACUGUACGUUCAGGAAACCUGUACUGUAUUUGAAGGGAAAACACACAGAUACAAUUAUGAAGGCUGUCACAAUUUGACAUGUAAGUGCAUGGAUGGUUGGCUCCCCUAGUUUUCCAGCAGAAAUGCUGUGCCUUGUGUGAAGAUCUGUAACUGAAGUCAUUGCUAUAUUUAUCUCAGUGGUUCGCCAAUUCUUUUUAUAAACUAAUUUAAUAUUUAAGUCAAAUGUUCAGCUAUGAACUUAUUUAGCCAAUUUUUUUCUUCGGCUUCCAAAGUCAGCCUCUGCAGAGUUGACUGGUCGUCAUCGUGAUAUGUAGCACAAAAUGGUCCAUGAUUCCAGAACUAAUUUUUUAGGGGUUAAAAUGACCCAUGUCAGCUUGAGGAUGAUGUGGACGGAGACAUAUAAUUUAGCCACAUCAUCUACAUACGCUUCACAAAUGGUGGCACACAUUCAUCUUGCUUGGCGUCAGUUAUUUGCACUUUUUUGUAUUUGAACUGCUUUUUCCUCUUUAUAGAUUAUUCUUUUGCCUGGGGUUUAUGUACCACAAUUUGUGCUCAGCCUUUUAUCACUGUCAGAUAUCUCACUGUCAGAUAUCUGUCAGACCACCACUGAUCCAAAUUGUAAAUAAUUAUUCAUGGAAAUAUUGAUAUUCAUAUUUUGCACAAUUGUAAAAGGUGAUGUGCAAUGACUUGAGUUGGAAAUACAUGAAACUGUUCAUGAGCACAUGAGGUUUUCGAUGUUUACUUUUAGAAAUGUGAAGAAUGAAGGUGGAUGAUCUGAAAUGCUUGAACGGUUUGGUUUGUUUGUAAAAUGAUUAUUCAUAUUCAAGCCACAACUAACCUGAAAUUGAAAUACAAACUCAUAAAUCUACAUUCAUUUGGAAUCUACAUUUUUUUCCUUUAGCUGUCUUACACAUACAACUUUAACUGUAUUGAAGCCUGGGCUAUUUCUUAACUUGUCAUUUUUUUAAAACUUUUUUUUGUUAAUACCAUGUGUCAUGAUUGUGUAAUAGAUCUUUCAGUUGACUGUAAAUUGUAGACCACUAGGUUGUGUGUGUGUGUGUGUGUGUGUGUAGAAAUGAAGAAAAUGUGCAGACAAGUUGUGUCUAGAAGUGCCUGAAAUAGUGAAAUAGUUUGGUUAUGACUUUGUAAAGCACAUGAAAGGGACACUAAAUUUCAAUGUUUAUAUUCCCUCCAGUUGAUUUUAGGUAUUUUGGGCAUUUUCUGUUUACAUGCCUGCAGAUUUCAUCAAAUUAGGAUUAGACAAUAUACAAUUGUACACUCUUAGCCAGAUUCAGAAAUUGACAAAAUACAGUCAAUUGCACUAAACGCUAAAAUGAGUAAUUUGAGCAGUCUCUUUCUGAUUGAAAGAACACAAACAAUGUCUUGUCUGAUACUUGCUGCAUUUUGUUUUUGUUUGGGAAGGGGUGGGGGGUGAAAUUAUUUUAUCGUUUUCCUCUCCAAUUUAAAAAAAAUAUUUCACCUGCGAAGUCUGGCACAGCAAAUUAAAGACAAAUUGCAUGACUGGUGUCACUGGAAAUAAAACAGUAACACAAGAAGGAAAUGCAUUCUGGGAGGCCUCAGGGUUUAACAAAUGCCAAACAUUGUUUCAAGUUUGGAAGUAAUGUGUCAUUUCCAAUGCAAUCUUUCUUAAUUUUUGAUUUGAAUACUGAUAUUUAUUCAAUUGUGAUUUUUGUGUUUUGAUAAUGGGACAGCUACACGCCUUUCCUGGUUAAUGUAUCUGUUGUGUACAAUAAAAUUUAAGUAUUUGUGA